UCCUUACGCCAGCCAGCGGUCACAUGCUCUACUUGCCCCCAUUUAAUUAAGCCACCUCCAUUCAUUACAGUUGGCUUUGGUUCGACGCAAGGAAUCAUUUGCUUUAGUUCGCUUUCUCCAGUGUAUAUCGAAUCGAAUCGAUUUGAGAGCGAUUUUGAACCGCUUUACAGCAUCGAGUGCACUAUCCAUUGUUGCUUUCAGAACUUUGUUCAUUGUCAGUAGCCUCAAACUGGCUGGUCUUCUUUUCGAGACAAUCAAUUUCCUUGUUUUACACUGAGGAAAUUAUUGUUGCUUACAGAAUUAGUGCCUGAUGUACAGCUCCAGCCCGUUCCUUUGCUCCUAGCUUUGCUCUGUGACCCGCGAGGUGGACAAACGAUCCUCUGCUCCUGCGCUGCAUCAUCCCUGUCCAAUUGUUGGCUCCAGUAGAAGCUUCUUGCUUUUGGGUGGAGAAGCAAGAAGCAGCCAUGGCCCAAGCCAUUGUCCAAAGCUCAUGUAGAAAGCUCAGAUCCACCAUUUCCAUCGGAGCUGAGGCCACCGGCGAUUUGCAGGAAAUAAAGGAAACGCUGGAGGCCAUACAGCCGCUGCUGGAGGAUGCUGAGAGGCGGUGUCUUUGCCGUAAGGAUGAUGCCCCCAAAGAGGGAUUGCAGGAAAUAAUGGAGACGCCGAAAACCAUACAGCCGCUACAGGAGGAUGUCCCCCAAGAGGGAUUGCAGAAAAUGGAGGGAAAGAAGCUGUCGGAUUGGCUAGGGAGGGUCGUGAAGGCUGCCUACGACAUCUUGGACGAGUUGCAAGACACAACAAUGACACCAGCCACACCUGCGAGAAAGAUGACGAAGAUGAUACCUCGUGCCAAUGCUCCCGAGAGGACGAAUCUCAUGGCUUGUAAGAUGGAGAAGAUAAAAGAAGAAGUCUGCAAGCUACAGGUCUACAUGGGUAAAUUCAAUCUUACGCCAUCCGAUUCUGAUGCAAGCAUCGAGCCACCAGUUAUUGCUGUAACAGAGGCUGAAGAACCAAUGAUUGUAGGAAGGGAUGAAGAAAUAGAGAGGAUAGUGGAAAGUAUAUCUGUGGAAAAAGGGCACUGCAUCAUGGUUCAAAUUAAUGGCCAGGAUGGCAGCGGCAAAACAACAUUAGCACGAAUGGUUUUCAACCACACCCGAUUCAAAGACUACUCACGGGUAUGGAUCCAAUGCUUGGUGGAUUAUGAUUAUCAAUUGCAUGAGAUAGGGAGGUGCAUAAUUUCUCACGUAUCAGGGGAAGAGAUCAACGAUGGUUCAAAUGAUAACAGGGAGUAUGUAAGGAAGCGUCUUCGCCAGCUACUUGAUAAUGGUAUUAAGGUACUUGUUGUUUUAGAUGGCAUACGGAUGCCAUUGGAUGAUUGCGAAGAAUUGCAGGAUCUGUUAAGGGAAGGGGGCAAUCGUAGUGAGGUAAUCUUGAUAGCAACGGCUGAUAAAGAACUGUACUUUCCGCAGACAAAUUCAUGUACAUACGAAAUAAUGUCAAGUGUUGAUGACAUAAGGGUACCUGAGAGUUGUAGUGCAUUGAGUGAUGACAUAUGCUGGACAAUAAUCAAACAACGAAGUCGCUUUGAAGGUAGAUCGUUUCACAAGCAAGAGUUGGAACAGAUUGGUGCAGAAAUUGCAAAGAAGUGUAAGGGUUCACCGUUGGCAGCUGCGGUGCUUGGGGGCAUGCUGCUCUACAAAGAUGCUACAGGAUGGGCAGAAGUAUUGAACAGUGACGUAUGGGUAUAUGACUGCAUCAGCAAGCCAUUCCUUAUGCUAGCAUACACUAGUAUGCCGCCAAGCUUACGGCUAUGCUUUACUUACUUUGCGAUGUUCCAAUAUGGUGACACUAUAGCUAAAGAUGAUCUGAUUUAUCAAUGGAUUUCUCUCGGUCUUAUUGAGCAAUCCGAAAGGUUCUCUGCGAUACAACUUGGUGACCAGUAUAUUACUAUGCUUCUGAGCAUGUCACUUCUUCAAACAAUGAUGCCAGUUUCUACUAAUAAGACUACAACCCUGUUCACUAUGAACCAUAUGGUGCAUAAGCUUGCAAAAGACAUAAUGUGUGAUUUAUAUGAUACAGUGGAGACAUCUUCUCAACAAGAAUUAUGCUCUAAUCAGGACCGCCGCUAUGUACUGCUUACCGAUUUUGAGUUCUCCAGUAAAUUGUCUGCCCACAUAAGGGCACUGCGUUGUGCGAGCUUUGUCAAAAUGGAGCUCAGUGAUGAUUCAUUUUCAUUUUCCAGGUCUCUGCGUGUCUUAUAUUUAAAUGACAGCUCGAUGCUGAACUUACCAAAUUCUAUCUGUCAGUUGAGGCAUUUGGGAUAUCUUAAUUUAUCAGGCUGCUCUGGACUAGUUAUUCUACCGGAGUCACUUGGAGAUCUAUUAAAUUUGUUGUAUAUUGAUUUAUCAGGCUGCUCCAGACUAAGAUAUCUACCUGAUUCAGUUGGGAAGCUAAUAAAUUUGGCACAUAUUUACUUAUCGGGUUGCUCUCGACUAGUAAAUCUAUCGGAAUCAUUUGGGAAGCUAACAAAUUUGUUGCAGAUUGACUUAUCAAGAUGCUCUGGACUUUUAAAUUUGCCAGAUUCAUUUGGGAAGUUGAUUAGUUUGAAGCAUAUCGACUUAUCAGGCUGCUCUGGACUAGAAAAACUUCCGCGAUCAUUCGGGAGGCUAACAAAUUUAGUGCACAUCAACUUAUCAUGGUGCUCCGGAAUAGUUACUCUGCCUCAGUCGUUUGGGAAGCUAAUAUAUUUGCCGCACAUCAACCUAUCAGGCUGCUCUGGAUUGGUAAACUUACCGGAAUCAUUUGGAAAUCUCAUAAAUUUGGUGCAUAUCAACUUGUCAGGCUGCUGUGGGCUAUUAAAUCUGCCCGAGUCAUUUGGGAAUCUAGUAAAUUUGUUGCACCUUAAUUUAUCAUGUUGCCAUGGACUAGGUAAACUGCCGGAAUCAUUCAGGAAGCUCAAAAAUUUGGUACACCUGGACUUGUCAUUCUGGUCUUGUUUUGAAGGAAUUGAGAAAGCUCUUGGUGGCCUUACCAAUCUCCAGCAUUUGAACUUAUCACACCCUUGCUGUUAUCUUGCUCAACAGCAGUCCUGCCUCGAAGGGGUAAAAGAUGUUCUGGGCCAGCUCACCAAACUAGAGUAUUUGAACCUAUCCAUGUUCCUGAAUCCUAUCUUUUACUCACACUCAGUACAUCGAACUCAUGAAUUUAUUGAAUGCAUCAGUCGCUUUUCCAGUCUGGAACAUUUGGAUUUGUCUCACAAUAUAUUUCUCCAUGAUCUACCUGAAAGUUUAGGUGAACUCCGCAAUCUGCAAACAGUGGACCUCUCAGGCUGCAUUAGACUGAAGAGCAUAGCCAAAAGGAUAGGUGAAAUCAGGUCUCUUAAGUGGAUAGAUCUGAGGAACUGCCGCAGUUUGAAAAGUUGCCAGCUUGUGGUUAGCGCUGAUAACGGAGGAGCGUGUAGCAGCAGAAACAUUGCUCAGCUCGAGAAUGCAAACUUGGAAGAGCUUGAGAUACACUGUCUUGAAAAUGUGAAGUCUACUGAAGAUGCGGAGCGAAUAAGAAUGGUACUGAAACAGAAGACUCAGAAGUUGAAAUUUUGUUGGACUGUGGGCUCCCAAGGAUCCAUGGAGGGCAAUACUCUGUUAGGAGAAUUACUGCCACCACAUCUGCGGUACCUCGAGCUACAUGGUUAUAAUGGCGAGACCUGCCUUUCAGCCUGGUUGACAUCAACCAUACGUUCUUAUGUUCCUACUCUUGUAGAGGUUACCAUUGAGGACACGCCAAUGUGCAGCCGCCCGCCACCACUGUGUUUGUUACUCAACCUGCGACGAGCAGUUUUCAGAAGGAUGGCUAGCAUCACAAGAUUCGACGUCAAUGACCUAACUGAUGGAAACCGAGAAGCACUCCGCCGACUCCCAAAGUUCACCCUAGAGUUGGAUGAUAUGGAAAACCUGGAAGAGUUCAAGACCACAUACAACAGAAAUGGUAAGGAAUCUAUGCUCCCGGCCCUUAGUGAACUGGUGAUCAAGAAAUGCCCCAAGUUGUGCUUCGGACCUUAUGCGGCUAGAGCUCGGAGGUUGGUGAUCUCAGACUGCAGUGACCUAAUGGUAUUUUCCUGCUGGAACAGAGAAGGCCACGGUGUGGAGAGUCCCUGUACCUCUGUUUCAGUAAAUGAACUGGUGGUAGAAAACUGCAAGGUAGCCCCAUAUAGCUGGUUUUUGCUUCACAACCUCCCCGGCCUCCAUAGUUUAACUGUCAAAGAUUGCGGCAAUCUGGAUACUUUAUCAGAUACUAUUGGGGCCCUAUCCUCCCUCCAGUCACUAUGCUUGUCUGAUUGCCGGGGUGACCUCACCUCUCCCUGGGAACUGAAGUUCCUCAAUAUGUUCAAGGGACUCGGGGGGAGUUUGCAAAGACUCCCCUCCCUUGGGUGGAUGCAUCUUAGUGACUGCAACAGUAUCACAUCACUUCCGGAAUGGUUAGGAGAUCUCACCAAUCUUGAGAAGCUUGCCAUCCACAGAUGCCCUGCCAUUGAAUCUUUGCCGGGCAGCAUAAAUAAACUAACCAACCUGAAGGAUCUGCAUAUUUUGGACUGUCCAAAACUGAAGGGCUGGUGUGAAAGGGAGGAGAACAAGAAAAUAAUGGCUCGCAUCCGACCAAACUAUGAAGAAGAUGCUACUAGCAGGCCAGGCAGCAAGGACGAGGGAGAUGUGGAGGGUGAACUGGAGGACUGGUCGGACGGCGUGGAGGAGGAGGAUGAGCCAGAGGCAGUAUCGACGGAUGCAGUGGAGAACUCAGUGGCGACUGGCAAAGCGGAUGUUGUAGAGGGAGAGGAGAAGUCGGAGGCUGUAUUGACGGACGCAUCGAAGAAUUCAGUGCUGACAGACAAGGCGGAUGUCGUAGCGGAGGAGGCAGAGGCAGUAUUGCCGGAUGCAGUGGAGAAUUCAGUGGUGACAGGCAACAUGGACGCUGUAGAGGAAGAGGUGACGAGGGAUGUGGACGUAGCAGCGGCAACUGAUGUGUGCUUGGAGUUGCGGUUGGGACUGCCCAGUAGUGAAGAAGCGGUCCGAAUCACAGGAGAGCAAGGCGAAAUUUCUCUAAGACUGUAUUUGUAACGCUGGUUUCUUCCUUCUUUCUAGUACUGUAUACAGACACACGUUUAAACGUUUUUUUAGAUGGACACGCAGAAUUAC